UCUUUAGUUCUAUAACUCAUCUAUACACACACUUACAAUGACUCGCCUACAGAGACUAUUGCUAUCAAGUAGUAUUUUACUUUUAGCUACUCUAGUUAAAGCACAGCUAGACAAUCCUGUUGAAGAGGUAAUCAUAGCUCAGGCUUCUCCCCCCCCCUUUUUUUAUAUUUUUCAUCUCAUAACCGGGUUAGAUUUUAGAUGCCACAAAUGAGCCACCUACUAUGGAUACACCUGCUAUACUCGAUGGACAAGAUCUUAUUGCAUCAGCAGAUGAGGCUGCCAUUGUGGAGAAGUCAUUUGUUAUUUCACUCUUGAUGAUCAUUGUCUCUGAAAUUGGUGACAAGACUUUCUUGAUUGCUGCCAUCAUGGCUAUGAAACACUCUCGUCUUGUUGUCUUUGCUGCUGCUUUCUCUUCCCUCCUUAUCAUGUCAGUUCUUUCUGCUUUCUUGGGUCAUGUUGUACCCAACUUGAUCCCUAAGCAAUAUACAGAUGUAUGUGCUGCCCUUUUAUUUUUGUGUUUUGGGUUACGUAUGAUAUACGAAGCUUAUUAUAUGGACGAAGCAGCUGGCAGUGAAGAAAUGCAAGAAGUAGAAGAAGAACUCAAGACAGUAGAGGACCGUGAACAUGCCAACAAAUUAGAAGAAUUGGAAGUAGGUGGUUUAGAAAACGCUGCUCAUACACCUACCUCCAAGACAGAAAAGGCUAAAGAAGGAUUGAUGAAUUUGAUGCAACUUGUAUUUUCACCUGUAUUUGUUCAGACAUUUGUCUUGACUUUCUUGGGUGAAUGGGGAGACCGUUCUCAAAUUUCUACUAUUGCUUUGGCUGCUGCUAACAAUGUGUAUUAUGUCACUGCUGGUGUUGUCUUUGGCCAUGGUAUGUGUACUGCAUUAGCUGUCAUUGGUGGUCGUAUGUUGGCCUCCAAGAUUUCAGUCAGAACAGUUACAUUUGCUGGUGCUGUUCUUUUCCUUAUCUUUGGUGUGUUUUAUGGUUUGAAUGCAUACAAGAGCCUUAUUCUUCAAGAAUAAAUUUCGUACCCGAUUUUAUUUAUCUAUC